AUGAGGAGAGGCUUCUUUUCCAGAGUGCACUACAGCAAUUGCGUUCAUUACAAGUAUAAAAAAAGCCGGGAAAAGUACAACAACAGAGGGGCGGGUAAGUUAUUAAAGAAUCUAAAUUACUACUCAAGAAAUGAAAAGAAAGAAAUUUUAAAAAAAAUUCAUGAAAAUAUUAUUCUUAAAAAAAACCAUUUGAAAGAAGAACUGUCCCAAUUUUAUAUAAACGAUAAAGAUGUGAAGGAAAUUUUCGAGAGGGAAAAAAUUUCUGAUCAGGAUGAUAAAUUAGCCAUAAUUAAGCAGGUGGAAAGUAACGAAGAAGCGCUGAUAAGUAAGUUUAACAAUUUCUACGAUUUGCUUCAUUUUUCUUUACAAAAUUUGGAGAGACCAGGGGGGGCGCCCUCAAACAAGAGGACAUUUGAAGUGAAUGGUAUGGACAACUACACAAAUAGCAAUACAUUUGAGAGACACGAAUGCGUUACAGCCAACCUGGACGUGAUAAAAAAGUUUUUGGUUUUCAUUGAUAAAAAUUUAGACGCAUAUGAAAGGACAUCCUGUUGGUUUAAAACCUGUUUCUGCCUCAACAAGUUUGUAAUAUACUUUUUUAAUUAUUCCUUCCCAUUCAUCGAAUUUUUCGAUUCGAAGCUCUUGUCCAGGUAUUCCCAUUUGUUUGUAAAAUUAAGCCUUUUGGAGAAUUCUCCCUUUGUUUCUAAGCAGAAAGAGAAAAGGGCAGAAAAAAUUUACACUGUAAAUAUAUCAAAUGAGGAGAUCUUCUAUUUGGUAAAAAAUAACAACAAAAAUGUGAUCAGAUUGUUGUUACUGUUGAGUGCGCGGAAGAGCUACGUGGAUCUACUGGACCUCUCCCAGGUGUACAUGCUAUAUGUGAAGAAGACGAAAAUUAGAGAAUGGAUUGAAAAUGUGAAUUCUUAUCUUGUAGAAAGUGUGAUGGGAGGUCGAGGGGGGAGAAGGCAAAUGCCCACAUUUGUAGAGGAACCCAAUUAUGAAGGUGAAGAAGUUCUAGAAGAAUCGCAUGAAGAGAAUUUUUGCGAAGAGGACAACAGAGCAAAUUACCACAGCUACUUCAUUUGCCUGUAUUUUAAUCUGCUUUACUUGGUAAACAAAUUGGUGAGUAAUUAUGUUUCAUUCCUGCCCUAUAUGAAUGACAAUGUAUUGCCCCUUCUGGAUUGUAUAGGAGUACUAUGUGAGGGCAUUUUAGAAGAGGACCAUUUGAGCGAAAGGAAAAUAAAAAAUCUGACUCUGCUGCUGAGCAGUAGGGAUGUAGAAAAGUACGUAAUAAAGGAAAUAAUAGAAGAUGCUUCGUUAUCUAGGCCCAUUCAGGUGAGUGAAUAUGAUAAUGGCGGAAGGGAUGCACCCGUUGGUGGUAAGGCUGAAGAAAUGGGUUUCCCAGGUGAGGAGAUAAGUUACACGGAAAAUGGAAACGUGUCAAUAUGUGGGGGUGAUAGAAGAGGGACAAAUGGGUCUACACCCCACGUGGAAGAAGAUUCACUAUUGAGGAGGAGCUUUUUCCUUGAGGAACGCCUUCUAAAACUGCACGUUGAGGCAAAGCUUAAUUUGAAACUCCUUUUCGAAAACAUGACGCAUUUCUUCAUCCUGAGCGACUGUGAAGGAGUCCUAAAAUUUUUGCAAACGGUGUACCUAACGAGAUAUACAAAUAUGUGGAGCAUAAAUAUGUUGUUCUAUAGCAUAUGGCUGAAUGCUGAAUUGUUAAAAAUGUAUCAGGUGAAGAAUGUGCUGUUUUUUCUUUCCCUAUUUAAGAGCAACUUCAUUUUAAAGAACAUAGAUUUGGGAAGCUCCAUUUAUAGUUGGUACAGUAAGCAGUUAAUAUUCUACCUGCGAAAAAGGGUCGAAACUUAUUUCGAAAACAACACAUUGGAAAGUAGCAUCAAGAGUGUGUUUAUCGUGUCCGAUUUGUUGAGUCACAACAAAGUGAUAAAAAAAAUUUUACUAAAAAAGUUAGUUUUGUUAAAUUUUACUAAUAUACAGCCGAGUCUUUUCUGUCAAAUAUUUUUCUUACUAAAUAAGCUAAGAUUUGAUGCAAGCAAUAAGUUAUUUUGUGAGCUAUUUUUGAAGCAUUACAGGAGGGUUAUUCACUCCUUGACGUGUGUAGAAACGUUAGAUUUGAUUAAAAAUGCGGAGUAUUUAAUAAGUAGGAAGAAAAGAAAAAUAUUCGUCCUUUUGAUUUUGUAUUUUUUUAGGAAGUUUGAGCAGAGUGCGGCUGUGGGGAGUUGCGCCCCGCCACCCCUCAACGUAAGUUACAUUUUUAAGCUAAUUAACAUUAUAAACAAGUUUAGGUUAUUUGAAUAUUGCAGGAAGGAUUAUUUUUUGCCAAUUUAUCGAUUUAUUUUUUUCCCAAAAGAGGGGGGAAAUGGGGCAGAGGAGGAGGCAGCAUGGGUCUCAUCCGAUAAUCGCAAUGGUAUGGACGGGUGGAAGCGUAACCAUUAUUCUUUUUUAAUAAAAAAUAACCAGACGGUGUUGCUUGAUGUGGGGGAGGCAGAAAGAAGGGAGAAAGGGAAGGGCCUUCCACUGUUGAGGGAGCAGAAAGGAUGUAAAGAUGCUUCUGUGGUUGAACCAAAUCAGGAGGAUAUAAAAUUCGCAGGCAGUAAGCUAAAUGGGGAAUGUCCCAUCAUGUGCACAAAAUACCUGAGGGUAAAAUUGGAAGUGUUAACAACCAGCGAAAUAUUAGAUUUAAUCUUCUUCAGCAUAAACAUAAGGAAAAACGUUUACCUCAUUGGUGAGCUACAUACAGAGCUGUUUUAUAGGAUCCUCCGAAACGCGAACUUUUCGAAAAAGCAAGUAGCCCUAUGUUUUAGAAGCAUAUGGAUGUCCAGAGUUUUUCACCUCAACUUUUUUGAGGCCCUAAUAGACAUCGUAACGAACAACAUAAAAAUGGUUAGCAACUCCAUUUUCGCGUUGGACGUAUUGCUAUGCUUGUGUUCGUAUAAGCAUAAGAAUAUAUAUGACCAUUUGAUAGCUUCCCUUUUUGACGUAUGCUUCGACGACAUUGAUAAGAUUUUAAAAAAUAUGAAAACGCAAGUUCUUUUUUACUGCUGUGUGGUAUUCUUGGAGGUGUACUACCCCCUGCUAUUUUUGAAAAUCAUCAGAAGAGGGAGAAACGUUUUUCGAGAAAAGGGAACGAACAGUUCGGGGCGGCGGCACGGAGGGAGGCAGCAAAAUGGAGUUCCUUGCAACGUUGUUGGUGACACUCCGGUGGGGCGUGGAAUAGAGACGAGGGUAAAAAGGAUGGAAAGGAAAGACACACAUAAUGGGGUACGAAACGAUGUACCCUGCGACGCGAAGCACGACAUGCUAAAGGAACCUUUUGGAAGGGGUGAAAAGGAAGGAGUACAAAUCAUGACGGUGAGAAAAAAUGCGGACAUUUGUUUGGAGGACAGCGGAGAUGUCCAGCACACCGCCGAUGUACUAAAAUAUAUGAAGCAAGUUUUCCUCUUGAAGCAAAAAAAACAUGCCUACAGUUACGACCUAAUUCGGUUCUGCGAAAUAUUGCACAAAUUAAAGAUAACAAAGAUUAGGGUUAAUAACAUCCCCAACGUUUUUUUUAAAAAUCACGAAAUUGACGAUUUGCUUGUGUUGAGUGUGUUUUAUCCGGCCUUAAAAUUCUGCAUCAUUUUUACAAAAGGUGAGAAGGCAUCAAAAAAUCUGAACAAAAUGAUUCAUGUGUCGAAAAUUGGUAGGCAGGCAAACGUGCAUAACGUGAACCAAGGCGCUGUGGACGUUUUACUCACUGAAGAAAAGAACCUUUCGGAAGGAACGUUCAAUUUGCAAGGAAGCUUUCCCUGUAAUGGAGAGAGUGUAAGUAACCCCGGUGGAGUAGGUAAGGACAACCUGCUUGGUAGCCCCUCUCACAACUGCCGCGAGAACGAUGUGGACAUCCUCGCGCAAAAACUGUAUUUACUUAAAAAGCACAAAAUAAUCACCAUGGUAAUACCCAUAGAAAAGGUCGACUUGUUUUUUAAAGCAAACCUUGUGGAGGAACAAAAUGCGAUCAUAAACGAAUCGAACACGAUAUUUGACAAGGUGUAUCAGCAACUGUUAGCGAGUAAGAGGAGGGAGAUUUUAUCCGAUCGAAACAUCUUAGCAUCGCUUAUGAGGAAGCAGUUGCAGUUUAUUUUCCACUUAAGUUAA